AUGCCCAGGCAAACAGCAGUGACGAUUACUUUGGCGACCCUCCUGGGUGUUGCAGUGGGGGGCCUGGUUUUGUGGAAAGCAACCCAGCGUCGGAAAGGAAAAGCGUGCUGUAGCAGUCAUCGAGAGGAAGCAGUUGUAAACUCAGGUGAUGAGAAACUGAUUAAGGCAGAGGAUAAGGAGGUGCUUUCCUUCUUCAGAUCCCCCACCUUUUCCUGGGUAGAGAGGACCCUUGGUGCAGACAUAGUGAUAGUUUCAGAGCAGGAGGAAUGGGAUCGUGUUGAACCUUUGCUGAAGAAGGAGCUGGAGAAGUGGCCAGUGCUUGGAGUUGAUUGUGAGUGGGUAUCUGUGGAAGGAAAAGCAAAUCCUGUAUCCCUCCUACAGAUGGCUUCUUCCAGUGGCCUCUGCAUUCUUGUUCGGUUGCCCAGGCUUGUUGCCAAUGGACAGACUAUCCCGAAGACCCUGGUGGACAUCAUGGCAGAUAGUGCUGUGUUGAAAGUUGGGGUAGGAUGCUGGGAAGAUGCUUGCAAGUUACUUCAUGAUUAUAGUCUUCCAGUCAAAGGGAGUGUGGAUCUCCGAUAUUUAGCCAUGAGACAGCGGAAGGAUCUACUUCACAACUGCCUUAGCCUUAAGUCUUUAGCUGAAAAAAUCCUGAACUGCCCGCUUGACAAGUCUCCUCAUGUGCGUUGCAGCAACUGGGAGGCAGAAGAACUGACACAAGAUCAGGUUCUCUAUGCUGCUAGGGAUGCCCAGGUCUCGGUGGCUCUGUUCCUCCAUUUGCUGGGAUUCGCCAGCCUCCCUCCUACAUCUGAAGGUGAAAGCUCUGUCACUGCUUGGGAAAAAGCACUGGGUAAAUGCCGGGGCUUGGUGGAUAUCCCAUUUAGAGGAAGAAGGAGUGGCAGCACAGGAGAGGAGAAGGGUGGAGAGGGACGUUCCCCUCAGAAAACAAAGAAUCGGAAAUCUUCAGUGAAUGGCCAUCCCUCUGGCAGUCAGCAAGCGAGAGAUCCGCGGAGGCACAAGCGAAAGCCUCUGGGCAUGGGAUAUUCUGCACGAAAAUCUCCAUUGUAUGACAACUGCUUCCUGCAUGCACCAGAUGGACAGCCCCUGUGCACUUGUGAUCGCAAGAAGGCCCAGUGGUAUCUGGACAAGGGGAUUGGUGAGCUAGUUAGCACAGACCCAUUUGUUGUGAAGCUGCGGUUCGAGCCUUCAGGACGUCCCGAGUCUCAAGUUGAUUAUUAUCUGACAGUCAAAGAGAACCUGUGUGUUGUAUGUGGCAAGCGAGAGUCCUAUAUCCGGAAGAAUAUUGUUCCUCAUGAAUACCGAAGACACUUCCCCAUCCAGAUGAAGGACCACAACUCCCAUGACGUGCUCUUGCUCUGCACAUCCUGCCAUGCCAUCUCCAAUUACUAUGACAACCAUCUCAAGCAGCAGCUGGCUGAGGAGUUUGGUGCCCCCAUCGGCUCUGAGGAAGGUGUACGUCUUCUGGAGGACCCUCUGCGCAGGCAAGUGCGCUCAGGGGCCCGAGCCCUGCUGAAUGCAGACAGCCUGCCUGACCCCCGAAGGGCAGAACUUCUGCAAAGCAUCAAGGACUUCUUUAACACAGAGGCAGUCACCCCAGAGAUGCUCCAGGAAGCAGCUGGUCUGGAAACCAGGAUCUGCAAUGAGAGCUACAUGCCACAUGGACUGAAGGUGGUGCAGUGUUUUGCUAAAGGAGGCCUGCGCUCCCUUAUGCAGUUGGAGAGACGCUGGCGGCAGCAUUUCUUGGACAGCAUGCAGCCCAAGCACCUCCCAGAGCAAUGGUCAGUGGACCAUAACCACAUGAAACUGAUCAGAAAGUACGGGGAGGAUCUUCAGAUUGAGCUGUCGUGA